GUCGUUGUAAGCCCCUCCAUCCUCCUGCCAAUGAUAUCGCACCACCUCAGCAUUGGACCCUAGUGAUACACUAGCACACGUUACUGUCGUCGGUUCAACUUUCUUGUCGUCGUCCCCAUCGAAAAGCAAAAACGCACUAACCCCGUCGUCGUUUUCCUUUCCCCAUCAAAUAAAGACGACACACUUCGCACCCCAGUCUCCCUCAGCACACAGCUUUACCGAAGCUCCGACAUCGGCGCGUCUCGGCCGAUACGAUGGCCGAUUACACGCCGCUGCUAACCGCAUACGACGGUCCCGGGACCGCCAGUCCGAAGCCUCCACGCGUCGCCUCUCUCGAUGUGUUCCGCGGCCUCUGCGUCUUCCUGAUGAUGCUAGUUGAUUACGGCGGCUCAAUUCUUCCGGUUAUCGCUCACUCGCCGUGGAACGGGCUCCAUUUGGCUGACUUUGUUAUGCCUUUCUUUUUAUUCAUCGCUGGCGUUUCACUUGCUCUUGUAUACAAGAGAGUGACAAACAGAGUAGAAGCUACAUGGAAGGCGGUGUUUAAGGCCGUAAAACUUUUUCUUCUAGGCAUCCUGCUUCAAGGUGGUUAUUUCCAUGGAGUAGCAUCUUUGACUUAUGGAGUUGACAUUGAAAGAAUACGGUGGUUUGGCAUUUUGCAGAGGAUAGCUAUUGGAUAUAUUGUGGCAGCUCUAUGUGAGAUCUGGCUUUCACGCCAGACAUUGGGGGAGGUGGGAUUUUUCAGGGCUUAUUACUGGCACUGGUGUGUCAUCUUUUCAUUAUCAGCAAUAUAUGCUGGGUUACUGUAUGGUUUGUAUGUUCCAGAUUGGGAAUUCAAAGCAUCAACACCAACCUCUUUGCCUUCCUCUAAUGCUACUACUACUUAUGUGGUGAAAUGUUCUGUAAGAGGAGAUCUUGGACCUGCCUGUAAUUCUGCUGGGAUGAUUGAUCGUUAUAUUCUGGGUUUUGAUCAUCUAUAUUUGAAACCUGUUUACAGGAACCUGAAGGAAUGCAAUGUCUCUGCUGAUGGUCAGGUUCCAGAGAGUUCACCUUCAUGGUGUCAUACUCCUUUUGAUCCUGAAGGUAUUUUAAGCUCCCUAACAGCUGCAGUGACGUGCAUAAUUGGACUUCAAUAUGGUCACAUACUUGCACACAUACAGGACCACAAAGAGCGCCUGAACAUUUGGUUCUUCUCUUCAGUUUUAAUCUUUGUCCUUGGUUUGUUUCUUGCAUUCAUAGGCAUUCCUGUAAAUAAAUCUCUGUAUACUAUCAGUUAUAUGCUAAUUACUUCUGCAUCUGCGGGAAUCACAUUUUGCGCUCUGUAUCUGCUGGUAGAUGUUUACGGUCAUAGAUGCAUGACAUAUGUGUUGGAGUGGAUGGGAAUACAUUCUUUGACUAUUUUUGUUGUGGUAACUUCCAACCUAGCUGUUAUUGCGAUUCAAGGAUUCUACUUGGCCGAUCCUCAAAAUAACAUUGUUCAUUGGAUCAUAACACGGUUUGUGCACAAGUGAAACGGUUAGUUGGCACCAUCCAUGCAUAAAAGCCUUUCAGAUCCUUGUCCUCGAUUUGAAAACUUGAUUGGGUAUCUACAUUGUAGUUGUUCUUCACAUUAUCUUCAUGCAUGGUUUGGUUAGGAUCUGGACACUGGACGCUAACUUUUACUGUUUCGAGAAUGGAGCAGAUUCUGUUUCAUGGUAAGAGAGUUACUUUUUUCGCAGCCACAUUCAUUGCAGGCGCUGUUGCUGUAUACUUCAUUACCGAGAUUGAUGCUUGACAUAUCCCCUGCCUGGCUAAAGCUCACGGAGUCGCUUAACCGCAAAAGAACUGUUGCUCCAUAUCGUGUGCUGCUUAACGUAUGCAGGAAAUUUUGGAACAACUAAAUCAAGUUUAGUAAUGUCUUCUGUGUGUUAUCUAAUCUUACACAAGAAAUUUUGGAGUUGGUUGGGUUAAACCUUUUUUGGGCGGCCAAACUUUUGAGAUAUGAUUCUAGGUUACUGUAUCCGAAUGUUAUCCAAUCUUGUAGAUUAUAUGGUAAUAUACUUAUGGAUCGCA